AUGGCUGCCCCCGCCACCUCCACGGUCUCGGCUUUCCCACCAAGAUCCGGGGUGCAGAUUCCCAUGCUGCAAGUCUCCUGUGUGGCUUGGAGCUUAAGAUUCUUUUGUGCAUAUACCAGAAUCCAACCUUCCUACUUCAUCUUUGGCUUUUCAGUACCCAAGAGUCAUCAUGAGAUUGCACUCAUCGGAGCCGCCGGCCAGAUAGGAACUCCUCUUAGCCUUUUAUGCAAAAUUAGUGACCUAUUCAGCGAGGCCUCACUCUAUGAUCUGGUUCUUGUCCCUGGCAUUGCCACUGAUCUGAUGCACAUUGACACCAGGGCCAAUGUUGACGGGUAUCUUGCCGAGGACUCUGGCCUCAACAAGGCGCUUACGGGCGCGAUGUUGUGGUCGUGA